AUGAAUAAUAUUCAAGCUAGUAAGAAAAAUAUUAUUAUUAACAGCGAACACGAACAGGUGACCAACGGAUCGAUACGUGUUACUCCAAAUAAAUGUGUUAUACAUUUCAAGCCUGGUCAUACAUAUAUGCAAACAAUACAAUUAUUGAACAUAACUGAUUUGCCACAAAUCAUUAAAAUCAAACCUUUGGAAUGUAAACUAUUCAAAUUUCCCUAUAUAACUACCGUUUCUAUUCUUCCCAAUGGAUCUUGGAAUUUGCAGUUUACUUUCAUGACUUAUUUAAAUCAGGAGUUCAAAAGUUAUUUGCAUUUAAAAAAUCCUACUGGCCAAGGAAACUUUGCUAUAGAGUUAAGAGCUAUACCAAAAAUGCAUUCUUGUUUACCCAAGAUCUUGGAUUUUGGAAAUGUGGAUAUAGGAAUGAGCGUUACGAGAAAGUUGAGUCUGGCUCCUAAAUCAAAACCUUAUCAGUUUCGCAUAUUUAUCCCAUUCGGUUUUGAGGGAUUAUGUGUAGAUCCAACUUGUGGUGAAGUACUUUGUGAUUAUCCAAAAAACGUCACAGUCGUUUAUACGCCUCAAUCGUAUAUUACUUUGUGUAUUGAUUUAGUAUUGUACCUUACAGGAUUUAAUCAAAAACCACAUGUUAUUACUUUGACGGCGGUUACAAAACCUAAGCCUUUUUGCCACAAAAAUAUAAAAAUGGAUAUAACAAUACCAAAAAAAAAAUAUUUACAUUCAUUUCAUAAAACACCUCAUUCAGAUAAGACAGAAAAUGAUAUCAUAGCUUUUAACCGACUAACUCUGAAUACAAUUUUGAAGAAUAAAGGCUCAGUUUUGGAUGUCGAGUCUUAUAAAUGGCUUAAUCCUCUUGGUGAGUUGGACAAAGUGUAUCGAGAUGCGUACUUACAGAAUUAUAAGGAUUUUAUGGUAAAUGUAAAAUGUUUUAGCGAUAAACAAAACAAAAAACGUUUUGAUAUACUUCGGAAUGAACUAAACACCAACGAAGAACAGCAAAAAUCUGUUUUCGACAAGCAAAAAACUAAAUGGAAAAUGUACAUUGAAAAAUUGAAUCCAUAUGAAAACAUACUACUUGAUGACCAAAUUGAACCGUUGGGACUUCGUGAAAGAAGUAUUCGAAUAAAUCAUAUUGAUACAAGUGAUUUCGAUUUCGACCCGAAUUUCGAUGAUAACUGGUUUAUACGAUUCCAAUUAUACAACAAAUUUAUUAACGCUGUCAAAAUAAUUAUAAUUAAAAAUCGUUUGGAAAAGAGACUAAAUAUUUUCAAAGCAUUAAUAGCUAAUAACAUAAUAAAUAUGUUGUGA